AUAGAAAAACAAAAGCGCAACCGGCAACAGGGCACCCCUGUUGUUUUUCAGUAUCUGUCAAGAUUUGUUAUUUUGUUGUGCGGCAUAAAAUAAUGUUGUACAACGUCUGAAUUAUCUGUGAAUAGUAUUUGCUCAGUGGAGAUUUCAUCGAAUUCUGGAAAAAAUGCAAAAUAACGGUGACGACAACAAGGCUCCGCCGCUUUGGGACGGUGGAGAGGGUGCAGCAAAGAAGACGUUAAGAAAACCCCAUGUCAGUUUAUCUGUUGACGCCAAGGAGUUUAUCCCCAAAAAUUACAUUGCUGCUGUACCAUCACAAGCUCCUUACUCUGCACAAGAUCGUCUUAAGCAAUUCAAAGUAGAAGUAAACAAUGACAGCAAGAAUGAUUUGGAUGAAUUGAAUGAUAUCAUCAAGGCAGUGAUUUGUGAUCCAGGCCAAUUUGAAGAGGUUGUUGAUGAUUACAUGAACAUAUUCAACAUGUAUUUGAAUGAUGAAGCAAUGAUAGCCAGUGUUGCAGAGUCCAUAUUUUUACAGGGUAUUCAGCAACCAGGUUUCAGGUAUAAUGGGGCACGUCUCUGCUCUGUUAUAUUGGAAAACUGCAUUUCUUUCAAUGCUCACAUGCAUAAGCUUUGUGAUAAAGAAUUAAUGGAAAAUACUGCAAAGCCAGGGCUUACAUUAUUCUUAGCAGAACUCUACAUGCAAAUGGAUUUAGAUGAGGUUUAUCCAAAUUGUCUGUACAAAUCAAUUGAUAAUCUUCUCAUUGCUGGUGGAGAUGACAAUGUUAAAACAGCCUGCCAGACAUUGAAAUUAAGUGGAAGAACACUGGAUGCCUAUGAUAAGGACAAAAUGGUAGCUGUUUUCCAGAAACUGGAUACUGCAAAAUUUAGUGUAAUGAAUAACAUUAUAAACUUAAUUGAAUCAGUUAUAAAUCUGAGGCAGAACAACUGGGGCCAGAAUAAUCCUCCUACUUGCAGCAGUUCACACAAUGGUCCCAAUUGGAAUUGGUUGCCACCCAUUGUUGAGAAGCCUACAUUCUAUGGACCUGAUGGUGUUGAAUUAUCCAUGGAUGAGCAAAAAUUCUUGGCUAAAGAAUGUUGUGAUUACACUGAUGAAUUUGAUGAUCCUGAUGAAUUGUGUGAUCCUGAACCAGAAAUGGAUGAAGAGAUUCAAGCGGCUUUCAGAGAAUUCGUGAAAUUGAGCAAGUAAUAGUUGGUUAGCAACCUUUGCGCAACAACAAACAACAAAAAAAAAUAUAAAAAAUAACAGAGAAAUAUAACAAAAAAAUAUUAUUAUUUUCAUACUGUACUUAGUUUUUAAUUGCAAAGUCUUUCAAUGGUUUCGUCUGUUUCGCAAGUGACUAUAGUUUUACGUGUGUAUAAAAAAUAAACAAAUAGUUGAAACUUGAUUGCAAGUAUCGGUAGGAUUGUGUAUGAUGAAAGAAAAAAAA